UUUUGGAGUGGUUUUAGCAGAAGCUUAUGUGAUCUCGGUUGACGAUUUUGCAAGAAUACGAGAGAUAGUGGCUAGGUGAGGGACCUUUAUAUGGAUUAUCUGCACGAUACGACAACACAAAAUUGAUUUUUAUUGCUCGAUGUGUGUACCCAGAUGACCUUAUCCAUAUAGGCCUAGAAGACAGCUCUGUAUAGGCCUUUGAGAGAGCCUGUAAAGGCCUAGAAGACAGCUAGCAUGGGGAGUGAAAGAUGGAUACCUCUGGGCUAUUCAGUCUGCAGUCUCCUUGUAGCAGUGGUCCUAGCUAAUAAAGUUACCAUUCCACCUGUGAUAACAAUCCAGCCGCCCCAGGAGCUUGGCUUCAAACCUAAAGGAAGAGUUGACCUUGAAUGUGUGGCUAGUGGGAUCCCUGCCCCCAGGUAUGUGUGGAAGGUGAAUGACACAGAGCUUCAGAUAGGAACACGUUGGAACCGUGUUGACACUAACACAGGCUCCAUCUAUCUGGAUGAUGCCAGUGACCUUGAUAAGGGUUCCUACCAGUGCUUUGUAGACAAUGGACAUGGGACUGCUAUUAGCAUUAAAACUCAACUGAAAGUUGCACAGCUGCUACCAUUCCCAAAUACUAACAUACAACCUAAGAGACACAAGGUCAAUGUCGGUGAUAAAUUGACCUUAAACUGCACCCCUCCUUACAGCUACCCCAAGGACCAGACCAAUGUAUUCUGGUCCUGGACAAAGGAAGGGUCCAGAGCCAGUGCGGGGAUUAUCCCCGUAGUUGCAACCCCCAGGGUUGGUUGGGAUGAAUCUGGUAACCUCCAUUUUGCUAACAUAAUAGAAAAAGAUCUCUUAAAGUACUCCUGCACUGUGAAAAAUAGCGAUGUUAGAUCUUAUAUACAAGGAGAGGAUUCCAUAAUUGAACCAAAGAAAGUUUUAAGAACACGAAAUAAGGCCCCGCAGAAGAUGUACCAUACUCCCACUCCGAAAGUGGUACUCGUCAAGCAAGAAGCUUUAUUGAAGUGUAUAUUUAGUGGCCUGCCUACUCCCACAGUGAGCUGGAGAAGAAUUGGCGAACCUAUGCCCAGUAGCGCAGAGUUCCUUGACUUUGGCCGUGAACUUUUGAUUCCUGAAGCUGAGGUGGAGGAUGCUGGAGAAUAUGAAUGUACAGGGGAGAAUAGUGAAGGCACAGUCAGUUUAACUGUGGUCCUAAAUGUGCAAUCUGCCCCUUACUUCACAGAGAAACCUAAAAAUGUCAACUCAUCAGACAGUGAGAGCGCAUCAUUCACCUGUCGGGCAGGAGGUGACCCUCAACCUGUAAUCAAGUGGUUUAUAGAUGGCGUACCUUUAGAAAAUGUGCGAAAAGCCGUCAACAGAGUGCUGACAGCUGAUGGUCUUUCCAUUAACUACACGAAUCUCACCAAAGAUGAUGCCCAAGUGUUGCAAUGUAUGGCUAACAACACACACGGAUAUGUCUUGGAGAAUGCUUACCUCAAUGUACUGGCCCUACCCCCAGAGUGGCGUUCACCACCAGAGGAUGCCGUCAGAGCUGAAGGACAAUCAGUUGAGUUCAAAUGUGAGACAUUUGCUGCCCCUCGUGCCAAAGUAACCUGGACGUUGGAUGGACAGCCCCUUCAAGGUUCAAGAUUUUCAGUUGAUCAGUUAACAGGUACCUUGAGCAUUAGAGACAUAGAUCUAGAUGAGGAUGCAGGUGUCUACAAAUGUAUUGCAACAAACAAGUUUGGAGAGCUGCCUGGGGAAGCAACUUUGUCUACCAGAAAGGCCACUGUUGUCAGUCAGAAGCCUAAAGAUGAGAGAGUAGAGAAGGGCACAGAUACAACAUUUGAAUGUGAUGCCACAGUGGAUCCUGCAGAGACUGAUAACCUUGUCAUAGAAUGGAAGAAGAAUGGAGAAUAUAUUGACUAUGAGAGGGAACCAAACAUAAAUAAGAAUCUCAACACAAAUGCAUUGAUCAUCACAAAUGCCCAAGUUGACGACACUGCCACCUAUACAUGUGUUGCAAAAACCAGCGUAGAUGAAACUGAGGCUAGUGCCGAACUUGUCGUAUUUUCUGUACCAGAUGCACCUACAAACGUCGUAACAAAGACAUGUGAAGCUAGAACUGGUUCCAUUAUGUGGGACAAACCAUCUCCAAAUAACUCUCCAAUUUUGAGAUAUUAUAUUGAAAUGAAGACAGGUUUUGAAGAUAAAUGGUAUCGGGUUAAGGACAGGAAUGGACAACAAGAAUUAACAGUAUCCAGUAACUUUAAUGCUCCAGUCAAGAUAAGCUUGUCCCCAUACGUCAACUAUACAUUCCGAGUUAUUGCUGAAAAUGGUAUUGGCUUAAGUGAGCCAAGUGAUCCUACUGGCUCAGUGUGCAAGACUCCUGCAGCUAACCCAGAGAAAAACCCUCAGAAUGUCCGAGAUGAGAGCAAGAAACCUGGAGAGUUCUUCAUUAAAUGGGAUACGAUGGCUAAGAUGGACCACAAUGGACCAGGAUUCUACUAUAUCGUAAGCUAUUAUGAAGGACGCCUUAACCAGGUUAGGCCACCAUGGGUACAUGUUAAUGUGACACACAUAGAGGGACGUGGGGAAUUGAAAAUUGAAGACAGGGCACCAUUCACCCCAUUUGUCUUUAAAGUCAGAGCAGCCAAUGCCUUUGGAGUCAGCCUCAAGAAAGCCAGGAAGCACUUUGGUUAUUCUGGGGAAUCAGAACCCAAAGUAAGUCCUAAAGGUUUCCGUGUUGAUGAAGAGGAACCAAGUAAUGGAACAGCAGCAACUUUCAGAUGGGAGAAGAUAGACUGCAGCCCAGAAAAUGUUGGAGGUUUCUUCAAAGGAUACAAGGUUGAGUUCUGGAUAGCUGACCAGUAUGAGGAUACAAGGAAAACCAGUGAAAUAGUCCUCCAAGAAUACCCCAAUGAUGUAUUACAGUGUGAUAAACGCUCAUAUAGUAAACGCCAAGCUGACACCCCUGUCGUCAAGGGUCACGUGACUAACCUCUACCCAUACUCCAAUCUGGUAGCGCACGUCAUGGUUAUGAAUAGAUAUUACGAUGGGCCUCCUAGCGUCAAGUACGAGUGGCUCACUCCCGAAGGAUUGCCUGGCCCUGUUGGUGAAUUUGAUGUGACCCAACCUGCAUCUCACCAUGUAGAAGUUGCUUGGGAUGAGCCAGAGGAAGUAAAUGGGAAUCUCAAAGGAUAUGAAAUAGAAUAUGUUCCAUUUGAUGAAGAUGGCAAUCUCGACCCCUCUCGGAGUUCAACUGAGACGAUUGAUGACCCGACCCAGACAGUUGCCAAAUUGAAGGAUCUUGAUCCAGACACCAAGUACAGAAUUUGUAUCUAUGCCAAGACUGGAGCUGGAAGAGGAGAGAAGAAAUGUACGGAGACAAAAACCAGAGUCAACCAGCCUCCCAGUAAGCCCCAAUUCUUUGGCAAACCACUAGGAGAGUCUGAGAUGAAUAUCACCUGGGAGGAAUCAAGAGCAUCAGAAAACCCAGGAGCAACCUUCUAUGUGAACUAUAGACCUACAGGUGAUGAUGGUGAUUGGAACACAACAGAUAGUCAGGAAUAUAAAUACUGGCGCAAUAUCAGUGGUUUGUUGCCAGCUGGUCGCUAUGACGUUUACGUUACAGCAGUCAGUGGUAAUGGUGUCACAGAAACCGACAGUGAUACCAAAGAAGUCCUAUUAGGUGCAAGAGCUCCCACCCUUCCUCCUGUUGUCACGACAACAGAAGAUACUUCAGACUGGAAUAUUACAGCGAUCGGAGCUGCCAAAGUAGAGGAGGUCACUACAGCUGGUUGGUUCAUAGGCAUUAUGGUUGUACUUGCCCUCCUUCUUCUCAUACUACUCAUUGUGUGUCUUAUCAAGAGGAACAGAGGAGGAAAAUACCCAGUGUACGAGAAAGAGAAACUCCGGGGCCAUGAUCCUGAUGAGGAUGAGGAAGGUGGAUUCAAUGAGUACCAGAGACCACCAGAGCAGCAUGUUACACCAGAUCUCAGCUACAGGGAUGAUGAUGAUGAUAUCAAGAAAAGUCAGCCCUCUCUAGCAGAUGAAAAGGAGCCUUUGGAGAGCGAAACAGACAGUAUGGCCGAAUAUGGGGAUGUUGAUCCUGGCAAAUUUAAUGAGGAUGGAUCAUUCAUUGGUCAGUAUGGUGGCAACAAAAGAGAGGGAAAUUACACAGGAGAACCUGAUGCAACGUCACCAUCUGCCAUGUCAACAUUUGUAUAGCUCCAUCUAUAUCAUCUCAUGUCUGCUGCAGACGCUAAACACAUACACCUGCCACCCCUUUUUUCCAUAAUCAACUAGUUCAGAUUGGAACAGGAUGAAUCUACAUGCGUGGACUUAGGGGUGGCAGGAUACACCCCUCUUAAAGUGGAUUGCCUCGGAUCGGGAAAAAGGGGUGAUAGGAAAGCAGAAAGCCAUAUAAGUAUAGGUGCUGAGCUGUAGCAAUGUAGUUUGCUAUAUUACAAGUAGUGCAAUAUAAAUCACCAACCAUUCAACCAUGUACAAAAGUCAUUAUUUAAAAUUGUAAACAAUGUUCCAUGAGUGACUUAAAAAUGCAGCACUGUAUUGUGUUCACAAUAAGCCUGAAUUAACAGAGCAACUAAACAUUGAUAUUAAAUGGCGGUUGAAAUCUCAAACAGGAAGCGAAGCAGGAGACGAGAGGCAUCUAUAUUUACAUUCACCAGCAUCGCUUGCAGUUGUGUGCCUGCCAUAGACUUAAUCACAUUUCAUUAAUACUUUUUUGCGUACAUAUGUAACACCGCUUAUCUACAUGCUUAUGAGUGUAUCUUGUAUAUAUUGCUUUGAGUGAACUCUGUAUACAUUAACGCUUUCUCUAUAAAGCAAUGGUGAUACACAAAUGUAUGCAUUGCAUUACAUUUAGACACAUUUUAGUUGAAUUAAGCCUUGUUUCUGCAUUGUUAAAAAAAAGCAAAGGUUACCAAAAUACUUUGAAUUUGAUCAGUGAACCCAUACUUGUGUUUACUUUGUUUUGAAUUUACAUUUCAGUGAGAUGUAUAGCCAUAUAUGAAGCCAUAAUUGUAGCUACAAUAAUUCUUGUAUGCCUUUUAACAUCAAACAAUUAAUUCAGUUGUCUGAAUUUUCAUUUCUACAUCAAUACAGUAUAUACAGUAGUGAGUAUUUUAUGUAUUCACUGCGCUGUUGUUCUGUGCUGUAAUCAGUUUCUACAGUACUUACUGUGGUGUACAUUGUACUGUAUUAAUUUACAGUAUACAGUGCAGUAAUUGACUGAAAUGUGCUAUAGUACAUUAUAGUACAGCACAGCACAGUACAGAACAGUACAAUACAAUACA